AUGGCAACUACACCCGAGCCUAAUAUUAAAGAUACAUUGAAACGUGUAUCAAUAGCAACUAUAUUAUUAGCUGGCACCGGUUCAGCAGCAGGGGGAACACUUGGAUUAAUUCGCAAUGAAUCAGUUUCUCUAUAUGCGAAAAAUAUGGGAAUAAAUUUUGGUAUUUUUGGAUUGCUAUUUUUUGGAACACGAGAAUCACUAUUAAGAAGUCAGCGACAACAAAAUUCUUCAGUUGGAUUGCUUAAUUCUCAAGUCAGAGAUUUCGAUGAAUUAUAUUGUAGUGCUUUGGCUGGAGCAACAACUGGGGGUUUAUUGGCUGGUCUAGCUCGUGGACGAAAAAGUAUUAUAUCAGGGGUAUUAGCAUAUGGUCUAAUCUGCGGCACAGGACAAUUUAUAUACACGAAAAUGUAUCGACUACGACAACACUUGAUUCUCCAAUCGCUUGAAAAUGAGCGAAAUGGUCAACCAAAAAGAGGAUUAUUUGAAUAUGUUUGGUCGGGUGAAUGGUCACCUGUCAGGAUUAGAAGGUUGUCUCGUGAAGAAUCGACAAAAAUAAGAAUGGAAAAAGAGGUAUUAGAGGAAUCAAAAGAACCUUGCUCGACAUCGUCAUAA